AAUCAGUUAACAAUUUUUAGACACUUAAUGGUAAAAUCAGUUACACUUAAAUGGAAGAUUCGGAUAGAAAUUCUAGUGCUCUGAAUGAGCUUGUAUUUCUACGACAAACAGUUCACCGUUUAAAUGCCGUACUGUCAAAAUACCAAGGCGCUGAUGCUCUUAAUCCAAAUACCGAUCAACUGCUAACAGGAUUAGAUGAAGGCUUAUCAGCUCCAUGGCUUACAGAUCCAUCUCUAUUAUCUCCAUUAAUUCAAGAAUAUGAGACCCACCUCGCCAACCUUGUGGCACAACUUUCACAGAUCACUGAACAAAAUAAUGAAUCAGCCGACAAGUUAAAGGUUAUUACUGAAGAAAAUGAAAGGCUGCAUGCUGAGUUAAAUGAAGUAGUGCAACAACAGCUUCAGGCAGCAGAUGGUCUGGAUUCUCCCAUACAGGAUGACCUGCUGUUGAAAAACUUGCAGAGUCAACUGGAAUUGGUAACUGCGGAAAAAGAUGCUGCCAUCGAAAUGAACAAGGAAACGAUUAAACAUUUAGAUAGAGUGAGGCAAGAGCGGGCAAAGGAAGAAGCUCAUGCGAAGGCAAGGGAAAAAAUCUUUCAUGAAACGAAAGAAAUGAAUGAAAAACUCACCGAUGCAAAUCUUCAAAUGCAACUUACAAUUGGAGGUUAUCUGAAGGAAAAUCAAGAGUAUAUAGUGGCCACCACCCAGCAGGCAAGCGAACUGAAGAGUUGUCAUGAGCAGCUACGUCAAUCAAAGCAAUUGGUCAGAGAUGCCACACUUAAAGGGGAGAAAUCCAAGAUUGAAAUUGAUUCUUUAAAAUCGAGAAUUAAACACCUGGACGAUGAAAAAACAAAGUUUGAGCAUAAGUGUAAAAACCAAUUUAUCGAAAAUCAACAAUUAGAAACUGUGCUUGCUGAGGUGGAAAGCAAGUUCGCUCAAGCGUUACAGUCAAAUACAGAGCUGCAGUCGCAAGUGGACUCAUUAAAAAUUCAUGUGCGCGCUUUGGAGAAAACCAACUCGGAAGUGGAUGCAAAAGAAAUGAACUACCUUAUGCAGAUCCGGGAAAGUGCUCAGAGGUUGGAUGACGCGGUCCUGGAACGAGAUGCCGCCAUUGUGAGAGAGAAACAAAAGGAAGAAGCUCUUCAGAAUUCCUCGGCAGCCAUGGAGAUUUUGGUGCAUGAGGUCGGUGAGAGAGUCGCACGUGAGGUCGAGAAGGUCAAAGGUCAUUCAAAUGCCCAAAUACAACGACUUAUGAAUGAGAUUGAGACAAUGGAACUUGAAAUCACGAACCUCCGAUCCGAAGUCGCCCGUGCGAAGCGAGCCAAGCGUGAUGUGGAGGAAGAGAUGGACUCGUUGUCACGGCAACGACAGGAGACGAGGGAAGAUGGAAGGAUUGAGGAGUACCAGCGGAGGACACUGAUCGCAGAGAGAGCGAAAGAUGAUGCAAUGAUCACUGUUCAGAAACUUCAGGAUGAAAUUAAACGAGCGAAGAUUGAAACGGAGGAUGAUCGACUCCGACUUUUAUCAUUGAAUCAAGGAUUGGAUCAAAGAGUCCGGAGGUUGCAACGCGAGAUGGAGGAAUCACAACAUGAGCGUCUUCAUCUCACAGAAACUGUAAAUCAACAAAAACAAGACGUACAGAGGUUAAAAGAAGAAGCAAGGUUAGCUCGUCUGAACGCGGUGAAGGAAUUUUCUGUAAGUCGAGAUUCACUUCAACGGGAGAAGAAACAACUUGAAAUAAAACUGAAGAAUUCCGAUGUGACGAGCAGAGAAGGAAUGAGACAACUUCAUAAAAUGCUCGCUGAUCAACAGAGGAUAACAGCAAGAUGGAAAGAAGAGAGCAACAGUGCAUGUGAGAGAUAUGAAGAAAAAGUUCAUGACUUAAAAUCUCAACUUUCCCAGAAUCGACGACGAUGCGACGAUCUCACUAACAAAUUGAAGCAAGGACCAAAACCUACAUCGAUUCCAAUUGAAAAAAUUCACCAUCUUGAAGAAAGCAAUCGCCAACUAAGAGCAAAACUUCACGAGACAGAAUACAAACUGUUAUCUGCUACCCAGGCAAUUAGUGAACAACAAGGCCACAGAAACCGAAUGACAAUGCGAGAUCUCAGCUGAUAAAUCGUCAAUUUAUGCAUACUAAAUUUUUCUAUACUUCGAUGCUGUGUUAUGGGUGCAAAAGGUGCACUGUGAAAGGAUAGGGCACUGUAUCAGAUCAAAAUAUAUAUAUGCUUAUUUUGCAGUAGAUUUUGUAACAGUAUAUUUUUAUUAGCUCGUUGGUGAUGCGUUUAUACUUCAUAAUUUUUUGAUAUCGCCUUUUUGCACAUGGCAACCAGAAAUGUCCAAAUAAUAUUUUAAAAAACACACAAAAUGCAAAUACUUGAACAAUUUAUUUCAUUUCCUAUUUAACCUAAAUAUUAAAAAAAUUAAAAUCAGUAAAAAUCAAUUGCUUUGUGAUUUGCAUCAACUGUUGUUGUGGUUUAGAAUAUUCUCUUUUCUUCCAUCAUUUAAACCAAGCGACCUCAAACAAACAAUGGCACAACCUUGGUUCAGCUAAUCGCUUGUUUCUUUCCCUGGUAAAAUACAAUGGAAUUAAUAUA